AUGGGGGCAAUUAAGGUAGCAAUUGGUGAUGCGAUACUGACGUGCAUGUGGGUUUUUUGCGCAUCGUCGCUGGGUGCACUCACUUUCGUUGUGGCUUCUGCUCUUGGGGUGACCCAAGGCCUGCCCACGCUUUUGAUCACCACUUUUCUCAUUUUUGUUCUUUUGUUUGUAUUUAGCUUCAUUGGCGAUGCAUUGGGAGGCGCCACCUUCAAUCCCACCGGCCCCGCCGCCUUUUAUGCUGCCGGCGUUGGAGGCGCUGAGUCUCUUGUCACCGCCGCCGUCCGCUUUCCCGCUCAGGCAGCUGGUGCAGUAGGUGGUGCACUCGGGAUUAUGGAGUGUAUGCCUGUGCAGUACAAACACAUGCUAGAGGGUCCUUCUUUGAAAGUCGAUUUGCACACUGGAGCAAUUGCCGAGGGGAUAUUGACCUUCGCAAUUACCUUUGCUGUCCUUUACAUUGUCCUGAGGGGUCCUAGAAACCUAAUUGUGAAGAAUUGGCUGCUUGCUAUGUCAACAGUUGCCUUAGUGGUUGCAGGGUCGAGUUAUACAGGACCUUCCAUGAAUCCUGCCAAUGCCUUCGGCUGGGCAUACGUAAACAAUACUCACACAACUUGGGAGCAAUUCUAUGUCUACUGGAUCUGCCCCUUCAUUGGAGCAAUAUUGGCUGCUUGGGUUUUUCGUUUUCUAUUUCCGCCUCCUCCAGUAAAGAAGCAGAAGAAAGCAUGA